AUGUGGCGUCAAGGUGAAGUUCCGCAAGAUUUCGAGGAGGCAACCACUGGGCAUCUCCACAAGCGAAAAGGGAACAGCCAAGUCUGCGACAAUCACCGCGGCAUCUGCUUGCUGAACGUCGUCGGGAAUGUCUUCGCUCGCAUCCUCCUCAAUCGUCUGAAUAAUCAUCUGGAACAGGGUCUUCUGCCGGAAAGCCAAUGCGGCUUCCGUCGCCAUCGCUGGACCACAGAUAUGAUCUUCGACGCCCGCAAACUACAGGAGAAGUGCCAGGAAAUGCGGACCCACCUGUACUCUACCUUAGUGGACCUGACAAAAUCCUUCGACACGGUGAAUCUUGAAGGUUGUGAAAAAUCAUUCAGAAAUUCGGCUGUCCGGAGCGAUUCACUCAGAUGGUGCAUCAGCUGCACGACGGUAUGAUGGCGCGAGUCAAGGACAACGGAGCUGUCUCAGAGGCAUUUGCAGUGACCAACGGAGUGAAGCAGGGAUGCGUGCUGGCGCCAACCUCUUCAGUCUUAUGUUCUUUGCCAUGCUGAUGAACGCCUACCGCGACGAACGCCCCGGGAUCCGCAUCGCCUACAGGACGGACGGUUACCUUCUGAAUUAACGACGGAUGCACUUCCAAUCGCGCGUAUCCACAACCACCGUUCACGAACUUCUCUUAGACGACGACUGCAUCCUGAACACCACCUCGGAAGAGGAGAUGCAACGGAGCAUGGACCUGUUCUCCGCCGCCUGCGAGAAUUUCGGUCUGGUCAUCAACACGUAAAAGAUGGUGGUGAUGCAUCAACCGCCACUCCCCCCAACGCGCCACAAAUUAGAGUGAAUGGAACCCAACAGCAAGUGGUGGAUAACCUCCCGUUCCUGGGCAGCAACCUCCCCGUAACACCAAAAUCGAUGACGAAGUCGUCAACAGGAUCUCGAAAGCCAGUCAAGCCUUCGGCCGUCUCCAAAGCACAGUUUGGGAUCGUCAUGGUUUGCGACUGAGCAAGAAGCUGAAGAUGUACAAGGCCGUCAUCCUGCCGACGCUGCUGAGACUUGGACGGUGUACACAAAGCAGACACGCUGUCUGAAACAUUUCCACCUCACUUGUCUCCGUCGAAUCCUGAGGCUGAACUGGCAGGACCGCAUCCCCGACACUAAUUUGCUGGAGCGGACGAGAAACCUCAGCAUCUACACCAUGCUGAGACAAAUGCAUCUGCGCUGGAGCGGCCACCUGAUGCGCAUGGACGACGAGCGACUUCCCAAACUUCUACGGAGACGUCGCGAGGAAUUCUCGCCGUCAAGUAGGCCACAUUCUUCGAUACAAGGGUGCCCUGAAGGCCUCCCUGAAGCGCCUGCAAAUCAACCCGACCAACGGGGAAGAGCUCGCCCGCGAUCGCCCGACCUGGAGGAGAACAGUGAAGACGGACGUUGCUGUCUACGAAACCAACCGCAUCGCCGCCGCCAAAGCGAAACGCGAAGCCAGCAAAUCACAACUUCGCCCAGUCCGCAACGCCGACGCACAACCGCUACCAACGUGUCCUCGAUGUCAACGGACAUUCUGUGCUUGAAUCGGACGUGUUGGACAUCUUCGUAUCAACUGUACCUCUCGGACAGCACCAACUGCCGUCCCUCCGCCCGCCUCUUCCUCGUCUUCUCUGCCGCCAACUACCUCUGGCCUUUCUUCUGAACCACCACUUCCAUCCUCCUCCUCCUCCUCCUCCACCACCACCACCACAACCUCCAUCUCCUACUUAACCACUGUCCCAACGACGGCCGCUCAGGCGGGCGUCUCGCACAUCACCAACCCUGACACAACAACUGACACCACCCCCACUUCCUCUGACUCCAGCGAUGAGGAUCAGAACUACAUCUGCCCUCGCUGCGACCGCAUCUUCACCUCACACAUCGGCCUGGUCGGUCACUUGCGAAUCCAUCGCACAAACACUGCCGAAGCAGUGUCUGGAGCAGCAACCUACACCCACCGCACUCCCCUCCACUGCCCACACUAA